AUGGUAGAUAUUCUAUCCUCAAAGCUGAGUCAGCUUCGUCUGAGCUCAGACAAACUGGAUGCCGCAAACUAUGAUGCACGACUCAUCGAAGAAGAAGAUGGGAUCAUAGACAGCUCUAGGUCUCGGAAGAAAAUUCGCCGCCACAAUGAGGACGAUCUGAAGAAGGAAUUGGAGGAUGAGUUUCUUACCCCUUCACCGCGAUUUAGCCCAGAUUGGCUGAAUAGACUACAGAAGAGAUGGGAUGUGUCUAUUGAUUAUCAAGACAUUUUCGACGUGGCACACACUCAGACCCGCACUAUCAUUCGCUUCAACCGCGAAGGCCUCGAGGGCCGAGUGACGGGUUACCAUGAAAUGACGGUACCCGCCAGCAGCGCUACAGCAAAGAAUUCGACCUCGUUAUUGAGACGUCCAGCGGCCCGAGCAGAUUUUGUCCGAGGUGCUGCUGGGUUCUUUCCCUUUGCUCCCGGAGGACUGGACGGAGUUGAGGCUAUUGCUGAAAUGGAAUCUGAAAUGCAAGCUAGUGAACAGCAGCGAGGCAUGGGAAAGCAAGGACUCGACCGCAUUAUCAAUUUCGGCACUGAAGGAGGAUUGCUAGAAAUCCCACCAGGGUUCACACGAGGACUCAAUUUGAAACAAGCCGAAUCAAAGACAGCGAAAGAAGAUGAUGAAGAAGUGGAAAAAACUCUGGACCAAGAAGAAGCCAUCAAGGUUGAACGUCCUGAAAUCGAUGGAAACGCCGAGGAAUACAAAGAAGGUGAAGAGGAAAUGGUAAGCGAGGAAGAGGAGGAGGAGGAAGAAGAAGAAGAUAUCGAUUCCUUGCUACCAGUGGAAUUUCCUGCUUUCGAACCCAGAAGUCAGCUAUUUGCAGCUACAGCACAGAAAGGUGGUCGCGAAUGGGCACAUGUUGUUGAUGUCAACAAAGAAAUCUCCAAUUUCCAUGAUCUGGUACCCAACAUGGCGAGGGAGUGGCCAUUUGAGCUCGAUACUUUUCAGAAAGAAGCAGUCUAUCAUUUGGAGAACGGAGACUCGGUAUUUGUCGCCGCGCAUACUUCUGCUGGUAAGACGGUGGUAGCAGAAUAUGCUAUAGCCCUUGCUGUCAAACACAUGACCAAGGCAAUCUACACAUCGCCUAUUAAGGCCCUCAGUAAUCAAAAGUUCCGAGACUUUCGAAACGAAUUUGACGAUGUCGGUAUUCUGACUGGUGACGUCCAAAUAUCGCCAGAGUCCAGCUGUCUCAUCAUGACUACUGAGAUUCUGCGAAGCAUGCUUUACAGAGGAGCAGAUCUCAUUCGUGACGUCGAGUUUGUGAUUUUUGAUGAGGUGCAUUAUGUCAAUGACAUGGAAAGAGGUGUUGUCUGGGAAGAGGUUAUCAUCAUGCUUCCAGAGCACGUCACUUUGAUUCUAUUAUCCGCUACGGUACCGAACACCUAUGAAUUCGCCUCGUGGGUUGGACGCACGAAGAAGAAGGAUAUUUAUGUUAUUUCCACUUCAAAACGUCCAGUGCCGCUAGAGCACUAUCUCUGGUCAGGAAAGAGCAUGCAUAAGAUUGUGGAUUCUAACAAACGUUUCAUCGAGAAGGGCUGGAAGGAAGCUGACGAUAUUCUUUCUGGACGGGACAAGCAAAAAGCACAAAAGGCCGCCGAGGCACAGGCUCAGUCCCAGGCCGCGCGAGGUGGUCAGCAGGGUAGAGGCCGGGGUCAAGCCAAUGCUAGAGGAGGUCCACGAGGUGGUGGCCAAGCACGAGGCGGCCCUCAAGGCGGACCAGGUGGGCGAGGAAGAGGGCAGCCUGCUAAUCGAGGAACGGGGAAUAUUGCUCGAACGGGACGAGGAGGAGGAAGGACCACGGCUGCACAAGACCGAAAUGUGUGGGUUCAUCUGGUACAACAUCUACGCAAGGAGAAUCUGCUGCCCGCCUGUGUCUUUGUUUUCUCUAAAAAGCGAUGUGAGGAAAACGCAAACUCUCUCUCGAAUCAAGAUUUCUGUACAGCAACAGAAAAGAGUGCUAUUCACAUGAUAAUUGAGAAAUCCUUGGCGCGGCUGAAGCCAGAAGACAGGGUCUUGCCACAGAUUUUGCGCCUACGAGAGCUGCUGAGUCGAGGCGUAGCUGUGCACCAUGGAGGUCUUUUGCCAAUCAUGAAAGAAAUUGUCGAGAUUCUCUUUGCUAGGACCUUAGUCAAGGUUCUCUUUGCCACGGAAACAUUUGCCAUGGGUUUGAACCUGCCCACUCGAACAGUGGUGUUCUCGGGUUUCCGCAAACAUGAUGGCAAGGGCUUCAGAGAUCUUCUACCAGGCGAGUAUACCCAGAUGGCAGGACGAGCUGGUCGAAGAGGACUGGACACUGUAGGAUUUGUGAUUAUCGUCGCCAGCGGUAAAGAUGAAGCACCGCCUGCUGGUGCCUUACGACGCAUGAUGCUCGGUGAUCCUACUAAACUUAGGUCACAAUUCCGUCUGACGUACAACAUGAUUCUCAACCUUUUACGUGUUGAGGCUCUUAAGAUCGAAGAGAUGAUCAAGCGAAGUUUCAGUGAGAAUGCGACUCAAGCUCUUCUGCCGGAGCAUGAGAAACAGGUGCAAUUAUCCGAAGCAAGUCUUUCCAAGAUCAAACGCGAGCCUUGUGCCUAUUGCGAUGUUGAUCUUGCGGUUUGUCAUCAAGCCUCGGUGGAAUACGAGAAACUGACCCGAGACCUACAUUUGGGCUUGAUUACGUCGCCAGUUGGAAAGAGACUUUUUAUGAUCAAGAGGCUUGUGGUAUAUAGAAAGGACGGAAUUCGUACCGCCGGUCUCAUUGUUCGUGAAGGUAUCAGUGGUGGAGAGCCAAAUAUCCAAGUAUUGGAGAUUGGUGCCGUUAGCGACAAGCGACACCCAAGCGACAUAUUGCCAUUCCUUCCAAGCUUCCGACGAUUUUUCCGAAACCUGCCUACAAGCUCUGCCGACAUGUCCCUGAAGGUUUGCCGGGUUGCUUUGGCUGAUGUAGAAUGCGUGACCAACACCUUUGUCAAAGUUACAGGGCCGAUAUGGUACCUCAAUAUCAAGAAAGAAUCACUCAAGUUUGGCGAUAAGGAAUUAUCAAAAUACUGUGCAUCAUGGGAUAGUCCUUUCUGGGAUGAACUCGACUGGGAUCGUGUAAAGGAACUUCAAAUCCGCGAGAUAUUGAUCAAGAGACAAGAGCAGGCUGCAAUUGCACAGGGCUGUCACUGUCUCUCAUGCCCAGAUUUCCUUAAACAUUUCGAAAUGCAGCACGACGAAUGGCAGGUCAAAGAGAAUAUUUCGCAACUUCGUCAACUUAUGUCAGACCAGAACCUGCAGUUGCUACCUGACUACGAACAGAGGGUUGAAGUUCUCAAGGAGCUCGGAUUCGUGGAUGCCGAGUCGCGGGUAAUGUUAAAGGGAAAAGUUGCUUGUGAGAUACAUUCUGCGGACGAGCUGGUUCUUACUGAACUCGUUCUUGAAAAUGUACUGGCAGAGUACGAGCCAGAGGAAAUCGUGGCUCUUCUGUCUGCAUUCGUGUUCCAAGAGAAGACGGAAAAUGAACCGACACUGACGCCCCGCCUGGAGAAAGGCAAAGAAGCUAUUAUCCGGAUUGCGGACAAGGUUAAUGACUUCCAAAUCCUGCAUCAAGUCAUCCUGUCGAGCGAAGACUCCAAUGAUUUCACUAGCAAACCCCGAUUUGGUCUAAUGGAGGUCGUGUACGAAUGGGCGAAAGGCAUGUCAUUCAACCGAAUUACCGAUCUCACAGAUGUCAUGGAAGGCACGAUUGUUCGAACCAUCACUCGGCUGGAUGAAACGUGCAGAGAGGUCAAGAAUGCGGCAAAACUAGUUGGCGAUCCGACGCUUUAUCUCAAGAUGCAGCAAGCGCAAGAAUUGAUCAAGCGCGAUGUCAUCUUUGCAGCGUCUCUGUAUAUGUAG